AUGGGCUGCCUUAGCAUGGACAAUGGGGUGACAGGUUUGAGUGAGGAGCAGGAUGAGAAUGAACCUAGUGGAGACCAGGAGCCAGGGCAAGACCUGAGGGCUAGGACAGCUGAGGUAGAGUAUGUGGACACUGGCCUUGAGCCAGCCCUGCCUAGAAAUUGGCAUAGCCAGGGAUCUACAAUGUCAAAUUCCCUAGAGGUACAUUGCACAGACUGUAGGGAGAAGAAAGAAGCCUUAAGCCUAGGGCACAGGAGCCUUUGUGGACAGUGUACCAAGCUACGCUGGGAACAAAAACAGGCAGUGCUGGAAUUCAUUCAUACAGAGGCCAGCUAUGGGGAGGACCUGCGCACUAUCAAGGAACAGUUUCAGUUGCCUAUGCAGUCUGCUAGACUGCUGAACCCUGGACAGCUGCUGGUUGUGUUCAGCAACAUCCAGGAGCUCAUGGAGCUCAUUGAUCUCAAUGAGAGAUUUCUGGAGAGCCUGCAGCAAGAGAUUGCCCAAGCACUGUCACAGGGUGAUGACGACCUGAUGACUGUGUGCAUUGGUGAGAUCUUCCUGGAGUAUGUCAACAUGUUGCCUGCUUUCCGGACUUACUGUCUUCAACAGGCAUCCUCCAUAAGCACUCUUAGCACCCUGGAGAAGGAAAAGGAGCUACUUCGCAUUUUCCUCCAUGCUUCUCAAACUGACAACACGGCACUGAGACGGAUGAACCUGCGCUCAUUCCUGAUGGCACCAUUGCAGCGAAUCACCAAAUAUCCACUUCUGUUGAGCCGAAUCACACAGGCCACGGCUACCUUCCACCCUGACUACAGCUGCCUAUGUGAGGCCACAAGCCACCUAGCCUCUUACCUGGAGCAUAUCAAUAGAAAGGCAAGACAGGAUGGUAGCUUGCCCUGGGCUCUGGGCCCCUUCCGCCAGAAUGUCUGGCAUCUUCACGAGCCAGCUGCUGCCAUUGAUCGACGGGAGCUGGCAAUGAAGACCCUAGGCUGGCCUUGGGAGGAGACUUGUUUUGUUAUGGAGGGAGGACUGCAGCUGGCUCAGCCCCCUGAUGGCCCCUGGACUAGAAAGGGCAGUCGAACCCUGAAGUUCCAGACUUUGCAGGUGAUACUAAUGGCUAGGCUACAGAGACCUGCUGAAAGUGGUGCAAGACAUGGGGUCCCAGGUCAGGGGCCAGUGGGAGAUGCUGCAUUAGUGCUAAUUCGUGACAAGAAUCAUGGUAAACUGAGCUUGUUGAGGAGCCCAAUUAGGUUGCGCCACUGUGUGGUAUCAGCUGACACUAUUUGCAAGACCUUUGAGUUACUGGAGAUACAACAGGGUGCCUUUAUCCUACAUGAUGAUGACUAUGCCCAUACUCAGCUUUGGCUACAUCACAUCCGUGGUUAUGCCCGCCAGCUAGGCUCCUGGAAAAGGCGUCGCAAUGCACUACCCAACAUCAUGAUCAGUAUUCCCAGCCAUACUUGA